AUGGCGGCCUCGGCGGCGGAAAAAAGCAACAAGAAGAAAACGGAGAAGAAACUGGCGGCUCGGGAGGAGGCCAAGUUGCUGGCCAGUUUUAUGGGAGUCAUGAACGCCAUGCGAAAACAAAAAACUCUUUGCGAUGUCGUUCUCAUGGUCCAGGAAAGGAAGAUUCCAGCUCAUCGUGUUGUUCUUGCAUCUGCCAGUCACUUCUUUAACUUGAUGUUUACUACAAAUAUGAUUGAAUCAAAGUCAUUUGAAGUGGAAUUAAAAGAUGCAGAGCCAGAUAUUAUCGAGCAGCUUGUGGAAUUUGCAUAUACUGCAAGAAUUUCUGUAAACAGCAACAAUGUGCAGUCAUUGCUAGAUGCGGCAAAUCAGUAUCAGAUUGAACCUGUGAAAAAAAUGUGUGUGGAUUUUUUAAAAGAGCAAGUUGAUGCUUCGAAUUGUCUUGGUAUAAGUGUGUUAGCAGAAUGUCUUGACUGCCCAGAAUUGAAAGCAACUGCGGAUGACUUUAUCCAUCAGCACUUCACUGAAGUUUACAAGACAGAUGAAUUUCUGCAGUUGGAUGUUAAACGUGUGACACAUCUCCUGAACCAAGACACACUGACUGUACGAGCAGAAGAUCAGGUUUAUGAUGCUGCAGUCAGAUGGCUAAAAUAUGAUGAGCCAAACCGCCAGCCAUAUAUGGUUGACAUUCUUGCUAAAGUCAGGUUUCCUUUAAUUUCGAAGAAUUUCCUCAGUAAAACUGUGCAGGCUGAACCACUUAUUCAGGACAAUCCUGAGUGCCUUAAAAUGGUUAUCAGUGGAAUGAGAUACCAUCUGCUUUCUCCAGAGGACAGAGAAGAACUAGUGGAUGGCACUCGACCACGAAGGAAAAAGCAUGAUUACCGUAUUGCCUUGUUUGGAGGAUCACAGCCACAGUCGUGUCGAUAUUUUAAUCCCAAGGAUUACAGCUGGACAGACAUCCGAUGUCCCUUUGAAAAGCGGAGGGAUGCAGCUUGUGUCUUUUGGGACAAUGUAGUUUAUAUUUUGGGUGGUUCCCAGCUGUUUCCUAUAAAGCGAAUGGACUGCUACAAUGUUGUAAAAGAUAGCUGGUAUUCCAAACUGGGGCCUCCAACACCUCGUGAUAGCCUUGCAGCAUGUGCAGCAGAGGGUAAAAUUUAUACAUCUGGUGGUUCGGAAGUAGGAAAUUCUGCUUUAUAUUUGUUUGAAUGCUAUGAUACAAGAACAGAAAGCUGGCACACAAAGCCCAGCAUGCUGACUCAACGGUGCAGUCAUGGGAUGGUAGAGGCAAAUGGUCUGAUUUAUGUAUGUGGAGGAAGUUUGGGAAACAAUGUUUCCGGAAGAGUCUUGAGUUCUUGUGAAGUUUAUGAUCCAGCAACAGAAACGUGGACAGAGCUCUGUCCGAUGCUUGAAGCUCGAAAGAAUCAUGGACUGGUAUUUGUGAAAGACAAAAUAUUUGCUGUGGGGGGACAAAAUGGCUUAGGGGGUCUAGACAACGUUGAGUAUUAUGACAUUAAAAUGAAUGAGUGGAAGAUGGUGUCUCCUAUGCCAUGGAAAGGUGUAACAGUGAAAUGUGCCGCUGUGGGUUCUAUCGUCUAUGUCUUAGCUGGAUUUCAGGGUGUAGGUCGAUUAGGACACAUCCUUGAAUACAACACUGAAAUGGAUAAGUGGAUAGCUAAUUCCAAAGUCCGUGCUUUCCCAGUAACAAGCUGUUUAAUCUGCGUAGUCGAUACUUGUGGAGCAAAUGAGGAGACCUUAGAAACAUAAAGACUUUGGGGAAAGCAUAAGG